UUUAACUCCAUUCUCUGCCCAAAUUUUAGCUACGCAACACCUUCCUUUUCGAGACAUCACGGAAAAGUACCUUCAUUAAACACAAGCUGAACUUGAAGAAAACAGGCCUGUAGCUGAAGACUCCAUGUCUUACUGAGGAGUUGAGAUGCUGCACAGACUCAAACUGGGUGUCCUGCUGCAGUGGCUGAUUCUCCUCCUGUCGAGUCCGGCCUACAAAGCCUCGUCCCUGGGCCUCACAGUGCAUGUUGUGCCUCUCGAGGUGAAUGGAGGGAAAACGGUCCGGGCUCAUUUUAGCGUCAUUACUCCCUCUCCUUGUCCUGAUUUGUUAGCAGUCUGUGCAGCAGGAGAGGACUGUCAGGCCCACCGCACCAUCCGACCUUUCAACUACACCAAACCCAGCCCCGCGUGGUGUGUCCGCCAGUGGCAGAAAACCGUACCUAGCAAUUAUAAUACCUAUCUCAAAUUAGGAUUCCAGACAGAGUUUUACGUCUCGAUAAAUGCAGACCCAAAGAUUCGGGCAAAUAAUGGAAAACUCAACAGGCCUCCUUUUGUGGCUCUCCCUCCUCCACUGAGGGCCAGUGUGAACUGUCCUGUUGACUUCCAUAUCUCAACAAAGGAUCUGGAUGGGGACAAAGUCCGGUGUCGCUUUGCUCGUGCCGACACUGGAGAGUGCCGGGACUGUUUUCCUCACAAUUUCCUGGAACUGGAUGAGGCGAGCUGCACUUUGACAUUCACUGGAAACGCAGCUGCAGGACAAUACUUUAUCUACUUGAUGGCAGAGGACCUGAUUCCCUCGCCUCCAUCGAGACAGUUUUUAAACAAUUCUCCCCUCAGCUCUGUUCCUGUGCACCUCUCUCUCACUGUGGAGAAGUCGGCUUCAGGCUGCAGUUAUAACCCCCUGGUCCUUGAUGGGACCCCAGAGAGAGACUCUGUACAGUUUGUCCUGCCGUUUCAGGAGGUGAAAUUCAAUGCUAACUACAAGUCUGACCUGGAGAGUGUUUUGGAGAUAGCGGUGGUCGGCCCCCCUGACCUGUACAGAGUUGGCUUUGCAUCCAUCAGCAACCUGGCGAAACUAACUAUGGCCUGGAUCCGCUCUGAAAACAACCUGACCCAGCUUUUGCCUGUCUGCUUUGUUGCAAACACCAACAGUUUUCAGUCACACCUGCGAUGCACGUGGCUGUACCAAAGGGAAAUGAGGACUUUGCCUGAUGGAACUGAGCUGAGGUGUAAUCAGACAGAAAUGUCUCUGCUGCUCCCUGUCACCUCCCUCACCAACGUCGACCUGGAUGAAUUACAGCUCAACAGCCCCACCUGUCCUGUCACCCACAACAGCACACACUUGACUGCACACAUACCAUUAGGUGGCUGCGGGACAAAGGCUGUGCACUCUGGCACAGAAUUGGUUUAUACCAACACCUUGAAAAGCGUGCAUCACACCAUGAUCAGCCGCCAGCCCUCGCUCAUCCUCCCUCUGGCCUGCCGGAUCCCAGGAGCACAGGCCAAAUUGUCGCAGUAUGCCGUCAGCAUGCCAACAGAGAGGGAAACGUUUGGCGAGUUUACGAUCCGGUUAGAUUUUUACCUGCCAGGACAAGGGCCUCUGGCACGACUCACAUCCACUCCCAGGUUUCGCUCCAAUUUCUUAUUAUCUUCAAGAUUUCGUCGGGAGACAGGUUCAGAAAGCCGCACCUCCAUUAGCAGCACUCAAACUACUCCCCAACCUGACGAAAUUGUCAAGCAGUUGGACCUGCAUGUGAUGUCUAACUGCAGUAUUGAUCGAGCUGAGAUGAUAGUGACAGGCUGUGUGGAAUCUGAGACGGAGGACUUUACAGUCAGCCAUCCUAUCCUGGAAAAAGGGUGCAUGACGUCAAACAACACACUGGAGAUUAUUACAGACCAAAAAACUUUCAAGAUUUACCGUCUGAAUAUAAAGACACUGGCAAUCUCUGGAACAAAGAUGUAUAUUGAAUGCAAAAUCAACCUGUGCAUUGCCACCAUGCCCUCUGAUACAUGCCCUGAUCUGUGUAGCAACUCAAGCAGUUCAAGCAGUUCUAACUCGCUGGUUCACAGCUUGUUCAGUAGCACAUACUCUGUCCGCUCUGGGCCUGUGAGUCUCUUGGUCGCUGAUUAUCUGAACAAAAAUACCACUACAACCAAUCUUCCUCCAAGUAAUGCUCCCCCAACUACUGGGCUAAACCCCUCCCAACCAGCUACUACGCCAGGAAGUACUCCGCCAGCUUCUCAAAUUCCCAGUGUAACCAGUACAAAUACAAAUACUACUGCAUCUCAAGCUCCAGAAGUGGCCACAUCCAGGAUAACUGGUGUGAUCCUAAUGACUAUCGCCAUGUGUCUCCAAAUGACCAUCCUUCAGUAAAAAAGCUGCUGGACAAAGACCUGUCAGACAACGAAGCACAGCAUGUUUUUGUUACGAAACUUUGGAGGAUAAAAAAAAACUGCUCCAGAUUAACCUGACAAUAGAGGCAUAGCUACACUAUUUAGUUAUUCAUCUUUCCCUAUCUCUAUCUUUAAAGUGAAAUGUAAAAUGCUUUUUUGUUAUUUCACUUACUUCACAAAAUUUAUUAAACUUAUCUGAUAGAAAAACAUUGUUCAUCAGAUAAAUUUCAAUACAACACUGGCAAUGUUAAGAAAGCCAAAUAAUUACCUAAAGCCAAAUGAACUAUGUUUUCAGUUGAGCAGAUAAAAACAUUUUGUUCUUCGUCUCUCCUGUGAUUUUUUUUCCCCAACAUAUUUUACAAAUGUGAUCAUUAUGUUUUAGAGACUAUUUGUUUUCCAGUUUUUGUCUUACACAUUAUACUGAAAAUGUGCAUACAUGCUCACUUUCCUUGAAAAAAAAUAUUUUCCUUAUAUUAUAAAUCAUUUACAUGGUAUUGCUAUAUGUUGUUGAUGACAAAUACUUCUACAAACAUUGAAAUACAUUGUUGACUUUUGUUACAAAGCUGUUUUUGGCAUGAAUGAAAAGUAAAAUGCUACAAUGAAUGCAAAAUUGAAUGCACUGAUAUUUAGGCAAAUGCUUUUUUUAUUAAACGCAACUUAAAAUGAAUAAAUCAUAACUUUAGCAUAUUUUGUAAUGCAUUAUUGUCAUAUUAUUUUAUACAUUGUUGUGAGAAAGUGUCCUUUUACAGGCUUAUUUUGUUUUGUCACACUUUUUGUCACAAAGGUUUAGAUUAUUGACCUUAAUAAAGGCAAGUAAACUCUG